UGCCCCUCCCACGGCCCAGAACAAAAACGUCAGACGCGACGAGAAAGGCGAGCAGUGGCCGCGUUUUGGUGGCGGAAUAAAGCAGAGAGGAUAGAUUUACCGUGUGUUUCCUUACGGCUUUCAAGAUAUGUGAUUUUCUUUAUCUUGUGGUAAGAACAUUUUAACGGAUCACCCGAAGAGAGGCGUGGUUUUGGACGUUAGCUGAUUGCGGAACAAUGGCGUACAAAAACCAAAAAACGAGGUUUGCCUGCAAUGUGUAUGCGUGUAUGUUACUGGUAUGUGCACCGGAUCUAAUUACCGGGCAACUUCGUUAUUCUAUUCGCGAAGAAAUGGCAGAAGGCGCUUUUGUUGGAAAUAUCGCACAAGAUCUGGGUCUGAACGUGCGGAAAUUAUCAGCUCGCAAGUUGCGACUAAGCUCUGAUGACGGAGGACGGUACAUGAAGGUUGGUUUAGACAAUGGGGUAUUAUCUAUUCAUGAAAGAAUCGACAGGGAACGUAUUUGUAGGCAUGCAGACAUGUGUACCAUGUAUUUUAAAACAAUACUGGAAAAUCCUUUGGAGGUGUACCGCGGGGAAGUAGAGAUUCUCGAUAUCAAUGAUAAUCCUCCGAAUUUCGGAGACGGACGCAUAGCCUUGCAGAUAUCUGAAGCGAUUGCACCCGGAGUACGUUUCCGUCUUGAGAGCGCGGAAGAUCCCGAUAUUGGAAUAAAUACCGUCACCGCCUACACAAUCAGUUCCAAUGAGCACUUUAGUCUAAAAACGCAUACAGCAGAAGAUGGUAUUAUGGUAGCCGAGUUACUGUUAGAGAAAUAUUUAGACCGAGAAAUCCAAUCAUCUUAUCAACUCUUGCUUACAGCGACUGACGGUGGGAUCCCUCAGAGAUCAGCCACAGCUCAGAUUCUCAUUACUGUAUUGGACAAUAAUGAUAAUCCACCAGUGUUCGAUCAUGAUAUUUACAGGGGCAGCUUAAGUGAGAACGCUCGUCAAGGUGCCAUUGUGAUGAAAGUCAAUGCAAAUGACGCGGACGAAGGAAUGAAUGCGGAGCUAACGUACACUUUUAGCGAUGUUGCUUUGCGAAGAGCGCGUAAUUUGUUUAGUUUAGACCCAGAUAGUGGGCAGAUCCGUGUGGAAGGAUCGCUGGAUUUUGAAGAAGCAACUAGCUAUUCUCUAGAUAUUCAAGCUGUAGACCACGGUUCACCUGCAAUUACUGGACACGCAAAUGUGCUGAUCAAAGUAAUUGACGUGAACGAUAACGCACCCGAGAUUAAGGUGACAUCAGCUUCCAACAAAAUUCCGGAAAAUGCUCCACCAGGAACAUUCAUAACGUUCAUUGAUAUUAUUGACCGUGAUUCUGGCGAGAACGGUCAAUUCCGCUGCGAGAUACCCAAGAACGUCCCCUUUAGAAUAGAAACACCAUCGAAAUUGGUUACCAGUGAAACUUUGGACCGUGAAGUGAUUUCUGAAUAUAUAUUAGUAAUUACGGCAUGGGACUUGGGGUCGCCUUCACUGACAUCUAAUAAAACCAUCCGUAUUGCCAUAACCGAUGUAAACGACAACGCCCCGCGGUUUGCUGCAUCCUCCUACAAUGUCUAUGUGAUGGAGAAUAACGCUCCGGCUGCAUCCAUUUUCGUAUUAACUGCACUAGAUCAUGAUCAGGAGCAGAACGGCUAUAUUUCUUACUCUUUUGUGAUCAAUCACAUCCAAAACCUGCCGGUAUCCUCUUACCUGACCAUCAACCCCAUAAACGGAACGAUUUACGCGCUACGUUCCUUUGAUUAUGAGAAUUUCAAAAAUUUCCAGAUCAAAGUACAAGCCCGUGACGCCGGGGUGCCUCCAUUAAGCAGCAGCGCCACGGUGAAUGUGAUUAUCCUGGAUCAAAAUGACAACGCGCCGGUAAUUGUUUCACCUUCAGAAGAGAUUGGAUCAGCAGCAGCGGAGAUCGUGCCCCAGUCAGCACGUCAAGGGUACUUGGUUACCACAAUAAUGGCAACCGAUGCAGAUUCUGGUCAGAACUCGCGGCUCUUUUAUCAGAUAACGAAAUCUACCGAUGCCACUUUGUUCAACGUUGGGCAAAAUUCCGGAGAAAUUAGAACAGCGCGGAAUAUUUUGCAGUCCGAUAAUCCUUUACAAACUCUGGUCAUCUUGGUGAAGGACAAUGGGCAGCCAAGCCUUUCCAGUACAGUUACAAUGAGCAUUAGAGUUUUGGAGAACAGUACUGAAGGAAUCACCGAAAGCAGCACCUUGGUGAAAAAUCCAGAAUAUUUCGCUGAUCCAAAUGUUUACUUAAUCAUCAUUUUCAGUUGCACUUCCGUUGUCUUUCUUCUGAUCAUCGUUCUGUUGAUUGGCAUCAAGUGUAAACAGGACAUAAGUAUUAUCCAAGGGUACAACACCCCCAGUUAUUGUUACAAUCGUGGAGACUUGCACGGCACGCUUAAUGGAAGACCUAUCAUGGAGGAAACUUUACGCUAUCCCGGGACGGGCCGGGUAGUCCGUGUGCCGGAACCGCAUCAAUAUUCGGUCUGCCUGUCUCCAGAGUCAGCGAAAAGUGAUUUCCUCUUCUUGAAGCCAUGCGGCGCUCCCGCGUCUCAGGCCUAAAGAUGCGUAACCUCAAGUAAGACGCAUCUUAUUUGGGGCCAUUUAAUCUCAAGGAAUGUGAAUUCAUUCGUGAAUUAAAUAUUUAAGAUUAUAUUAUUUUGUGCAAUUUCGCUUUCGUUUAAAUUGUGCAUUUGUUGUAAUGGUAAAACAUAACUUUUAGCAAAUAAAAUACACUCGGCUGAGUGGGAAUUGUUAACUA